GGGGCGGGCACCUUUUGUUCUCCAAAUAAACUUUUUGGCCCGUCCGACAAUCAAUUGUUCGCCAGGUCCAGUUAAGUGGUGCAAUUAUAAAGGUAAUUUUAGAGCUUAGUAAUUUGUGAUAUUCAGAGACGCGGCUUAGUACCAGUUAGUUUUCCGAGUUGCGUAAGGUGGAGUAUAAUUUAUAUAAAGCUCAGUGUCGUGUGGUCAAUUUUGCUAUAACUAUAACCAAUUACUAAAAUGGAUGACGAUGCUCCAGACUGGCUAUCAGCCGCCGACGAGCCUGAACCAGAAACACAAGCAGCUCCCGCAGCUGCAGCUGCCAAAACCGAAGCUGCUGCCGAUGCACCCGCUGGCGAAGAAGCGCCAGCAGGAGGCGGAGCUGAAGAGCCUGCAGCCGAAGAAGCUCCUGACGAGUACUUGGAUCCCGAUAAGCUUUUGCUGUUCAAACAUUGGAUCAGGCCCAAAUAUUUGCAGUAUAAGUACCUCUACGAUUACAGACGAAACUACUACGAUGACGUUAUGGAAGUUAUAGAAAGUAGACGAAAAGGCUACAAACGUGACAUUCCAAGACCGCAAACCUGGGCGGAAAGGGUCCUGAGAACCUACAACAACCCGGUCUACAAACUGCAAACUUUCGACAGGUUCCUGGAAGAUGUCAAACUGGUCACUAGGUCAGAAGUCAGCGGACGGAUCUACACUAAACAAUCGAUCGAGAAUUUCAAUAGGAGAUACACAACUAAAAUAAAUUAUUAAUGAUUUUAAUAUUGUGAGAAAUGAAUAAUUAUUAAAACAAAGUAACGAAGUCAAGUGUUGC